CUUUACCCAUCAACUCUCUUUCCUUCUGCUGGCUUCCUCCUCCCACUCCCUGUCUCCCAUUCUGAGCGCGUGCGCGCGUGUGUGAGCAGCGAGUGUGUGUAUGUGGGUCUCUCUCCCUCCCUCACACACUCGGCGUCUCUCCUGGGAUCCUCGCGUCCCCUUCACCGGCAGCAGGCUCCCCCCACACAGCAGUCACCAUUUCCGCCCCCGGGAGACCCACGCUGGCAGCGCAGCCACUUCCCCGACUCAGCAUCGGGAGGAAGACCCUGGUGGCGGCCGCCGUUGGGGUCAUGCUCGUCCUGGUGCUGGUCGUCCUCAUCCCCGUGCUGGUGAGUUCAGUGGGUACCGAUGCCAGCCACUAUGAGAUGCUGGGUACCUGCCGCAUGGUGUGUGACCCCUACCUGAACAAGGGCACCACCACCAGCGCCAACAGCAUCCGGGCAGAGGCCGAGGCCUUGAGCGACCACAGCAUCGUGCCCCCGCCGUCCACCCUGCUGCAGGGACCCCAAGGGAAGCCAGGACGGCCGGGAAAACCCGGACCCCCGGGGCCUCCUGGGGAGCCUGGGCCUCCAGGGCCCGUGGGCCCUCCUGGAGAAAAGGGGGACACUGGAAGGACUGGGAUACUAGGCCUGGGGGGUGAUGGAGCUAUCAGCACGGCCACCUACACCACCAUCCCCCGGGUCGCUUUUUAUGCCGGGCUUAAGAACCCUCAUGAGGGUUACGAGAUUCUCAAGUUCGACGAUGUGGUCACCAACCUGGGCAACAACUACGAUGGCUCCUCUGGCAAGUUCAUCUGUAAUGUUCCGGGUACAUACUUCUUCAUUUACCAUGUGCUGAUGAGGGGUGGUGAUGGCACCAGCAUGUGGGCAGACCUCUGUAAGAAUGGCCAGGUUAGAGCCAGUGCCAUAGCUCAAGACGCUGACCAGAACUAUGACUACGCCAGCAACAGUGUUAUUCUGCACUUGGAUGCUGGUGAUGAGGUCUACAUCAAACUUGAUGGGGGCAAGGCCCAUGGAGGGAACAACAACAAGUACAGCACCUUUUCUGGGUUCAUCAUCUAUGCCGACUGAAGGGGAGUCAGGGAGGGUUUGAAGACCAGAGCACUUUUUCAGAUUCUGCCUCUCUUUCUCUCUCUCUCUCUCCAUCUGUCUCACUCUCUCAGCCUCUCUCUCUUUCUCCGCUCUGAAAAUGGACUCUUUCUUUCAUCCUGAGGGUGCAGAGAAAGCUCUGAGUGGCACCCACUCUACAUGCUGGUGUUUUGCCCAGUCAGAUAUGCUGAAAUUUUUGUUUUCAAACAACUUUGCCAGAUUGAAAAAAGCUGACCUUGUCUCCAUAGCAGAAAGGACACAGGCCUUCCAAUCCAGUCUCGACUAACUUCACAGAGAUCCCUGCCUUGCCGUUGUAUACCUCCUCUUAGCAUAUAACUAUUUUCCUUUGUCCAAAUAUGUAAAAUAACGAUGUGCAAAAAUCAUUGCAGCUAUUGCUUUGUGAACCCUAUCUGUAGUACCUUAUAAGAAUAGCUUGCCCCUGAGGGCCUAGGAAUGUUAUGAGAUUGAGGACUUGAUGAAAGCACAGCAUUAUCUUGCAGGAGACAAAUUUGAAGAUCUCAGCUCAAGGGGGGAUUCUUUCUUUGACUGGCUGUUAUGAAUUUCACAUAAAGCACAGUGCCACUUGGUGGUUGCAUAUUGUCAUGGUUGUUUUCUUUGCAAUGCCUGCUGUAAGCACAACUGGGCAGACUUGUGGUUGGAUGUUGUUAGUGCAGGACCUAUCUUACAGAAAAAAACAUGGUGGCCCACAUGUUCUGCACAAAAACAUUUCUCAUCAGCACCCCCUGCCUUCUGUUCCUGUUUGUCUGUUGUGUCCUGUUGAUGGACUACUGUAUGCAUUUUAUGGAAGACCCCAUGUAUAUUAGAUAUUCUAGUUUUGACCUAGCUGUCCUUAAGAUUAAGUCUUGCGAUAUUGUAAUUUGUCACUAGCUUCAAGGCAGCAAUGACACAAGAAAAAACAGAUGGCAUACUUGAUCUUUCGUCCAUUAUCAAAUGUCCAAAUCAUCUGUUUGAUGGUUGCCAUCCCCCUGGAAAAUCAUGAGCAUGUAUAGAACAAUAGGAUUUAGCCAAUUAUCUGAAGCUGUUUUGAAGCAUUUCACAUUGGUUUACCAGCUACAAACCCUCCUGCACUUAAGUUGAUCAUGUAGACAGACUGCACUUGAAAUGCUUGUGAAAGUUUAGGAACUACACUUGAAAGGCUUGUGAUUGUUCAAAUUGUGAGUAUGUGUAUGAAUGUGUCAUUACUAUAUGUUUUGUUACCCCAGAUAUACUUCAUAUCAAACAAUCAAAGACAUGUUCAUCAGCCAAUGAGAUUGCAGUGGGGAGGGGAGAGUCUCUGAAUGCAGAAAUAGAUUAAAACUGCUUGUAAAAUGAAAUGUGUUAUGUUUGUCAAUCUUUUUUUUUUUGGAAUUGUUGAAUAAAUUAUAAUAAUAAAUGGGAUUUUUGGAGU